CGCUAUUAGAAAAAGUAAACGGCGUUAAAAAAAACACGUAACACGACUUUGUUUCACCGCCCCACUCAAUUGGAAUUACAGCUGUUCUAGUUUUUAGUUGUUUUCAUAAACAAAACAAAUCUUGUCGUCACUGCAAAGCACCACCAGCCAAAACAGAUGUAGAAGAAAUAGUUUUUUUUGUCAUCGCCCAAACAAAAAAGAGACCAGCACAAAGCUGAUAUUUUUAACAAGAAAAAAAAUGUGCAACACAAUUUGCUCUCUGAGCCAACUGAAACGUUUGCAUUAAAUCAAGUGGAAAUACAUCAAUCGAAGGCCCAACAAUGAGUAUUCUGGACAUGAGAUCCGGCAAACCCUCCCUGGCUGAGGAAAUUAGUAACUUCUUUUUACCACUGAAGUAUCUCAUAACCACAGAUCGUUUCGAUGCCUUUGUGGAGAAUAUCAAUUUCAAUUAUUUGGCCAAUGCAGUUUUCUGGAUAUUUCUACUCUUCAGCUUUGGUUUUGUUGGUUUUCACAAUUUGUUUCAGGUCUUUCUAAAAACUUCGAAUAUUAAAUACUAUAAACGUAAACAAUUUUCCCGUUCCAUCUGGAAUAUAGCCUUCUAUGCUGCAUGUACUCUCUUCCUGUACAUGUACAAUGAAUGGGUGAUAUUGCCGCAGUUGCUUAAGAAUCAAGGACGUUACUCUCUAUUCUAUUCAUCUGAAGAUCACAUCUUUUAUAAAUCUCAACAAUGUGAAAAAUUUCAAUUCUAUUCGCUGUUUAUUAUAACAUUUUAUCUACAUGGUGCUAUGUUGGAUUUCAAAGAAUCUGAUUACUUGGAGUCGGCAUCAAAGGCUCUCUUUUUAAUGUCAUUGGUGGCUAUUGAUACCUACAGAUAUGAAAACUAUUUUGUGGGUGUUAACCUGAUUUUGGGAAUCUAUAAUAUCAUUACAGAAAUUCUCAGUCUUUUGGCAUUGCAAAAUUCGAAGAGAAAUAUUUUGGUGUAUCAGAUAUUCUUGGGGUUUCGUAUUGCAUCAUGGUUCCAUGUCUUCAUCACUUUGCUGCCCUUUAAGUAUUUGGUACCCACUCUGUUUGCCAAGAAUUUCAAAAUUAGCCUCAAUAUUGUCAUAUGGCUUUGGUAUGGCCUAAGUAUUUGGAAUUCACCAAUUCUACAAUAUUUCUAUCAUCAAAUUUACCACAAUACACCAGCUGAUUGUUCGGGUGAAGGAUCGGCAGCCAAGUGUAUUUUGCUAAAGGAUUCAAGUGAGCAUCGUCAUUUCAAGACCUUGAAAAAAGCGUAUUUAGAAGUGAAAUUGGCGCAUGAAAAACUAAAUAGCAGUAAUAUGGCUGCAACGGGAACGGAGAGUUCAUCGACCAAGGCCUAUCAAGCUAUUAAAUGUAUUAUGAUUUUGAAGCGUAAAUUAAAACGCAUACGUGAAGGACGUGGCAGUGAGGUCGAAGAUGACAAUGACGAUAUGGUUGUAACUGAUUGUUAACCCAAGCCCCCCAUAUUCUAACACAUAACUAUGUCUCCCUAUUUAAGUACUGUGAAACCUAUCGUUAAUUGGUAAAUUUUUGACUCCUUUUUCAUUGGAGUUAGAGUGACCAUUAUUUGGGGAUAUCACAGUACUUACCACCAUAUUUUAUUGCAAUUUAAUGCAAACAUUGUAUUAGUUUAUUUUAUGAAAAGUUGCUUGUUGGUACAUUACUCGUUACUCAAACGGAAACUGUAAUUUCCCUCAUUUAUAAAGACACAAUUUCCAUGACUCGAUUAAAUAUUUACACACACACAAAUACACACUUAACAAUAUAUAAAAAAUAAAAGCAUAUAAAAAGUGUUUUUGCGUCCGC